AUGUUAGCUGACGAACUUAGUAUCAAAGAAUCAAAUGAACUUUUGUCAGCGGCAGAUAGAAUGCGUGAAAUGAGGAUACCUUUACCUGGAAUUGUAGUAGUUGGUGAUCAAUCAGUCGAUAAAUCAUCUGUACUUGAAGCUAUUUCUGGAAUUCAAUUACCUCGUGCACAAAAUAUUUGUACACGAUGUCUAUUAGAAUUACGAAUGAAAUCAACAACAGAUACUGAAUAUGCUAUCAUUCGUAGUAGUAAAUGCUCGGAAGAUGAAGCUACAACUUUAGAUGAUAUGAAUGAGAUAAGUAGUGCAGUUACUCGUCUGAUUGGAGAGAUUGCUGAUGAAGAAACAAAUGUAAGAUCAACAUCGAUCUAUUUGAUAAUGUAUAAACGUAAUAUACCAUAUGAUUUAACACUUAUUGAUUUACCCUGUAUUACUCGAAAACCAUUUCCUGGCCAAGCAAAAGAUAUUCAUGAACACAUUUUGCAUUUGAUUAAUAAAUAUAUAGAACCACCAACAGCUGUUGUUUUGCAUGUAAUUCCAUCUUCUAUUGAUUUUACAACAUCAGAAUCGAUGAGAUUAGCUAAGGAAUUUGAUCCACAAUGUCUUCAACAAUUAAUCGCUGCUUCAAUAAUUGAUAAAUAUGAUAAAGGAUACUAUUUCACUGUUAUUUUCAAAUAA